GAGAUGUCGCAGGAGGACUGGGUGGCAACAACAACAACAACAACAGGACGCGCUGCUGUCCCGUUAGCAUCGCACCGUCCUCCGGUCCAUGUAGUUUAACCCCGUCGGGCGACUACACCCGUCCAUACCUCCCGUCCGGUCCCGUCCCAUCCAGUCCCGAGGCCCGCUGUGAUGGCGGAGGAGGACCCCCAGCAGCUGCAGACGGACCGCGGGGCGGGCCUGCUCCCCGCCGGGCUGCAGGGCGCUGAGGCCACCGCUCUGCAGCUCAGGAUCAAGAACUCCAUCUGCAAAUCUGUUCAAUCCAAAGUGGAAAACAUUGUGCAAGAUGUCGAGAAGUUCUCAGACAUUGAAAAACUCUACCUCUACCUGAAGUUGCCUUCUGGUCCCAACAGCAGCAGCACUGAUAAAAGUGACCAGAGUGCCCUGUCAUCGAGCCGCACGCAGCAGAUGCAUGCGUUCAGCUGGAUCCGCAAUCAUUUAGAGGAAUACCCAGAGACCUCUCUCCCCAAACAGGAGGUCUAUGAUGAAUACAAGAGCUUCUGUGACAAUCUCAACUACCAUCCACUCAGUGCUGCAGACUUUGGAAAAAUGAUGAAAAAUGUCUUCCCGAACAUGAAGGCACGUCGACUUGGCAUGAGAGGAAAGUCAAAAUAUUGCUAUAGCGGACUAAGGAAGAGGCCUUUUGUUCACAUGCCAUCUUUACCCAGUCUGGAUCUACACAAACCAGGAGACGGACUCCAGUGUGAUGUACUGGAGUCUUCAGGCCAGCUGAGCAGCAUAAAAGAAGAAGUGCGAUACGCUGCUUGCGAUCUGGUGUGCGAGUGGGCCCAGAAGGUGCUGAAACGCCAGUUCGAUACUGUGGAAGACUUGGCUCGCUUCCUAAUCGACAGCCACUAUAUCAGCAACAAGUCUUUGGCAGCUCUCACCAUUAUGACCGGCACUAAAACAGAUGUUACGGCCCCGCAGACGGUCUCAGCUUUCGUCCCCACUGCUGAGGCUCAUUCCUUCCAGCCUCAAGUGACAACCUUGUCAUCGCCCACUGUCGAUGCAAAGCAGCAGCUCCAGAGGAAGAUCCAGAGGAAGCAACAGGAACAGAAGCUGCACUCCCCUUUACCUGGAGAGGGACAAAUGAAGAGAGCAGACAGUGUGCCUUGUGGUAGCCCCAUCCCUCCGUCACCUCAGCCAGCCAUAGGCAUUGUGGUUGCUGCCGUCCCGAGUCCCAUCACGGUACAGAGGAGCAGGCAGCUGAUGUCUCCCAGUCCAGUGGGAAUGGGGGAGAGCAAAGUGCUGCCUAUUAACUUCCAAAUGGUGACCCAGCCAGCCCAGCUGCUGAAACAAAGCCCCAAACCCCCCCAAAAUAUUCUAACCAGUCCAGCGGGGGAACGCACAGCUCGGCAGCGCUAUGCCCAAAUCCUGCCCAAGCCUUCAUCCACGACUGCUAUCACUUUGCGCUCGCCCUCCACCAUGAUCAUCGCCAACAGCCCCAUUAAGACUGUGAUGACUACGUGUCAUGUCAGCCCAGUCAGUCUGGUCAAGAUGACAGCUAUAUCGCUUGCACCCAACAGCAGCAACACCACCACUUCCCUUACAAACACUACUUUGCGGCCGGCAUCUGCGGGCAUUAGCAGUGCUACAAUUGCAGAGGAAGUCGGCUCCAGUCAAAGCAUGAGUGCCUCUGCUGUCCCCGUUCUGGCCCCAGUGGCCAGGCCGGGGCAGGCUACUAACACUCAUACCGUCGAUGUUGAAAUGGAAGUUGAAGCUAUACACAAGAACAGCCAAAACCAAAAUCCCAACAGUCUCAUUUUGACUCAGGGAGAAAUGGCUAAUAGGGCUGGAGGAGCUGUACAGAGGGCCGCCAGUGUGCCCAUACCUCAGACUAGAGGUUUCCUGGGUCUGGAGGAAACGUCUGGCUCUAAAUACGACGGAAACCCCUCCUCAAACACCAACACUGUGGCACCUACUGAAGGCAGCAAUAAUAACACUAAUAAUACAAGCACUUUGCACUUAUCUCCCUCCACUCAGAGUACCAGCACUGUCUCUGUGUUGAACACCAGCAGAGCACCUUCAUUUGGGGAAAGCAGCAGUGUAACACCAGCAAAGGAAGGUUUCUUGUCUACCAAGAGCUUCAGGAAACGCUCCGGCCUCAGCCCAGUCGUUUCUCCAGUCAAAAGGGUUUUUAUGCUGCAGGAGCCAGGAGAGGGCGCUGCUGGCUUUGGAUAUGGGAUUAGAAACACCAUCGGUAUGGUCCCCCGUCCAGGAGCUCCAGCUAGACCUGAAAGUGCACCUGCCACCAGGGAGGUUGAGAUGAAGAUGAACUCUGUCUUGUCCACUCAAGUCCAAACACUAUGCACUUCCUCUUUCAGAGCCAGUGGCUUCUACACUGUUGCCAAAACACAGAGCUUGAUGCAGAGGAAAAACACUUCCACUGUUAUGGAAACUAGCACCUCAGUCAGUCACGCAUUAAUACAGCAACAGCAGGGGCACACGAUGGCUAACGUGCAUGCUAUACUUAAUAAUCCCGGCCUCCAGAAACAUUCAGGUGAUCCUAGGAGUUCAAACUCAACUACAGGGAGCCUGGAAGGAGCUCAACAACAGACCUACACUCAGCCCAACCCCGCUACUGAACCCAUGGAUUUUUUGGAUCAAGCUUCAUCGUCAGGUCAGGUCCCUAUGCAGACGGAUAUGGACUACUUUACCUUUGAUGAUGAUGUAACUCAGGACAGCAUAGUAGAGGAGCUGGUGCAGAUGGAAGAGCAGAUGAAACUUAACAACAUGCAGGAGUUUGGAGACUGUGUCACACUGCAAGGCCAACAGGCCGUGAUGCCGGACAACAUAAUGUCCACCAAUCAGACGAUGACUGCUUUCUACCACACUGCAAACAGCAGCAGCAGCAACCCAAUCCAAACUCCAACCCCGACACCCACACCCACGUCAGAAAUGAUGGGAGGAGCCCAAGGUCUGACUGGAGAGAGCCCCUGCUCCCGCAUUGCCUCCACAACCCCAGUGGACAGUGCUCUGGGAAGCAGUCGUCACACCCCAGCUGGUACUCCGCACUCCAACUGCAGCAGUACUGUGCCGCCCAGUCCUGUGGAGUGCAGGAACCCCUUCGCCUUUACACCCAUCAACUCCAACAUCACUGGUUUCCAUGACGGCAGCACCGUCUCCAGUAGCCCUGUCAAGCCCAUGCAGAGGCCAAUGGCCACCCACCCAGACAAGGCCAGGCUGGAGUGGAUGAACAACAGUUACAACAGCAGCAGUGGAAACUUAAACAAGUCUAACAGUGGAGUGGGAAUCUUACCCAGCUAUCAGGGCCUCAGAGAUGACCACUUUCAAAAGCCUCACGCCUUCGCCAUCCCUCAUGCACGGCACCAUGACAGCCACUUUGGCCGCCUGACUCCCAUCUCGCCUGUGCAGCAGCAGGUAGCCAGUAUGGCCAAACAGGAGGGUUUUGCGGUGCCUGCCCCACUGGACAACAAAGCCACCAACACCCCAGCUACAACUGGAACCUUUCGAUGUCGUAGCGUAAGCCCCGCUGUGCAUCAGAGGAACUUGAGUGGAAACACAGGAAACAAUGGCCUUCCCCAUAUCCCCCGUUCAGGCGUGUCUCCAUUUAACUCUCCAGUGACACCUGAAGUGUUAAACAUCUUCGCCAACAGUCAGGGAAACCUCGGGGCAAGCAGCUUGGCUCAGAGGAGCCGCUCUGUGCCGCUCAACAUCAUGAUGCAAACUGAGCUUCUGCCCAUGCCGGGCCAACAAUGCAACAGCAAAAACAUCACCGACGUCCUGCUGAGCAAGAUGGACGGGGACCACGACGAUACCGUGAGGGGUCUGGGCAUCAAUAAUUUACCCUCUAGCUACACGGCACGCAUGAACCUCACUCAGAUCCUUGAGUCUGACCCCAACCUCUCCUGCACUGACAACCACCUCAGCCUGAUGGCCUCCGACUCCACCAGCAGCUGCAAGUUGCAAAGGCCGAAUUACCUCAUCGGAAAUGCUAUUAAUGAACAAAUGAUUCUCUCUGCAGGUGACAGCCGAGUACAAUCAGCCUCUGGAGAGCAGCAGGCCCAGUCCAUGCUGCUAACUUUGAGUUCACAGCAGCAGCAAGAGCUACAGCAGCACCAGCAGUUGGAUUUCUCCGUUAAAGACCUCCUAACAGACAACAGCCUCACUGCUGGCAAUCAGCUCAUGGAACAGGUGUCGGAGCUAACUACAGGGGGAACAGAUUUCCCUUGUGAAAUCAGAAUGACAUCGGAGCUCUCCAGUAGCAUCAAUGACCUUAAUGCACUGGACACAAACCUUCUGUUUGACCCCAAUCAGCAGCAAUAUCAAAAUGCCACUCCAGAGGAGUUGGCAAAUGAUCAGCUGUUUCAGCAAAUCACCAGCGAGACGGGACAUUCAAGCGGACUCGAGUGGCUUGAAAGCAAAGAUCAUCCAACUGUUGGGUUGAUUGGUUGAUCAUAGAGCUUCUUUAAAUCAUGUUGAACAUGUUAAUCUUUGGUUGCUGUAUGUUUUAUUUAUUUUUCAGGCAUUUACACUUUAUAAUGCAACACUGGACACCAUGAGGUUUGUCCAGUUUAAGUGCCACGCUGAACUAAAAUGAUGCUGCAAGACUCUGAUUAAAAUGCUGGUCGUUUCUUUUCGUCAGAGAACAUCACCUCAUGUUUUUUUUGUUUGUUUUUUUUCUUCUCAAGAGCAUUUCCAACAAGUAAACGAAAGUACUGAACAAAAAAUACCUAAAACUAAACCAAUCAAAAUAAAAUAAGUGUUUUUCAUUUUGUGUUUUAUAUUUCACUAAAAAGUCCAUUUAAAUUCAGAACAGAGCCAUUGAGUUUUCAGUAUAAAGUCAUCUGAAAAUGAGUGAAACAAGAUCAUUAUUUAUAAGCCAGCAAUAUUUCUGGAUAUCAUUGUUUCGUAAUCUUGGCAACUGCAGGCAUCAUCUAAUUAAAACAUAAGGUAGAAUAUGUUUACAACUGAACUAAUGAUAUCUCAUCAUGGAAACAUUUAUGUGCAAUGUAGAUUGGCUGAAAACAACUGGAAGUAUCACUGGCGUUAUGAAGACGCUCCUGAGCCACCUGAGAAAAUGCAACACGUUAACUUUAGCGGAGAAUCUGCUUACAUGUUUAUAAGUGUACGCUGACUUAUAGAAAUCCCAUCUAGUGACGGGAACAUAGACCCAAAUUCAUCCAUCCCAUGAAUAUAUUCUUGCUGAAGAAUUAGCAUGAUUGCUAUUUAUAUAAACAUAAUGAUGUUACUGCCCUUACAGAUUGUUCCCCUUGAUGGAGCAUGAAGGGUAUCUGUUUAUAGUCAACUCUAUCAGAACCAUAAAAGGAGGCGAUGUGUGGCUCAACUUUCAUUUUUGAUAUUGUAACAUUUGUCUGGUCGUAUUCACUUAAUCAUUAAGAGAUUUGAGUUUGAGCAACAUCAGCAGAGCUCAGACAAUUUGAAGAUUAUGUCAAUAAUAUAUUUAAGCCUCAUUAUGCACUCUGAAUAAUUAUUAUAAGCCACAUUUAGCAAAAAUGUAAAGACUUUUCUAUCUAUAAAAAUGUAGAUAUUAUAAUGAAACCCUCUUACUUUCAUUCAUCCAUUCAACCUUUAUUAUUAGCUCCAUUAGCUCAUUAAAAAACAGCCAUUAAAAUGUACCAAUUAAGGAAGAUAAUAUGAUAGAUUAAGAUCAUUCAAAUGUAAAAUAUAAUACUGUUAUGUAAAAAACCCCUAAGACAUUCCAAAUAGAUUAAAAUAAUUAAAAUAUAAAAUAAAAUACAGUCAUGUAAAACAAUUGCUAGUAGAGGUUGGGAGGUUCUUAAGUGUCCAAAAGGUCUGAGUGUAUUGAUUUUUAAGUAUCAGAUGCACUAAAAUUAAAAGCAGUUUGUCCAAGUUCAGACCGGACUAGUAGAACAUGAAGCAAGAGCUGUCAGUAUAAUAUAAUACAAUUGUUUUAUCCAUAUAUAUAUAUUAAGAAAUACCACCAACACACUAUAUGGCAAAAAUAAUGACAUAUUACUUUCCCCAUAUCAAUAAACAAACAGCUCACUAAGUUUAACUUCACUAAAGGGAAGACAUUUAUAAAAGAAACCAUUUAACUGAGCAUUAAAUUCAACCCCUUCUAUGCACUUUCAACGUAUAAAGAAGAAUUAUAGGAAGAUAAAAAUAGGAUAAAAUUAUAGCCAAUUUUCUUUAGCACUCAGAAAAUUACUCCUUUGAUUUGAAGGUGUUUUUAAUCUGAAAAUGACUAAAUGGACGAAGUAGAUGAAAGUGAAAGGAACUACUAACUCUAUUUCCAAACGUAGCGCUCGUCAUACUGCACUGACAAUCUGCAAUAUCUGUGUUUCUUUACUAAAAUGCACUGUGUUUUGGUUUGGAUGAUAAAGGAACAUUUUCACUGCCAGUCCUGAGGAAUCAAUCAAAAUGUAGCUAACAGCUAACCACUUGUUAAAUGUGAAGAGUCCAGCUUUACAGUGAUACAAGUAAAGAAGGCAUGCACUAUCACAAAUGAGAUCAUCUCAAAGGUGCUCCUGAGGGUUUUGGUGUCUGAGCCUUAUGUCCAUACCAAAGAUGAACUUUUAAAUGUAACCUGCACUAAGAUCUUGGGUGUUUAAUGUAAAUCUCCCAUGUGGUGGACAUAUUGAAGAGUUAUAACAAACGGGGAAACAAUUGCAGCACUGUAAAAACAUGUUAAAGAAUAUUAAGGGUUCGUUUCAUUACUGUUGUUGAUGCUCUUUUGUAAACCCAACAGGUAAAAAUGUUUUAAAGGGGGUAUAAAACACUGUAAUUUAUUCAUGAACUGUUAGCAUUACAUUAGCAUUAGAUCUCAGAGGGUGUUUGUGUUGUUGGUCACAUUAACUUCAGUUGUUGUACAGAUUGGAGUGUGACUCAGCGUGUUUUGUUUUACUGCUAUUCAUUUAGUGUGUGUUGUUUGUACAGGCGAUGUAACCUCGCAUACCACAUAAUCUCGUGAAUUCACAAUAAUCUGACCUGCACUGUUUUUAGGGCUGUGCGAUAUGACGAUAUAUAUAUAUGGUGCGACGAUAGAAAAAUGUCUAUCGUUUCAUAUUACGCUCUAUCCCUUAUUUCAUCGUGUCACCAAUCACAAUCUUCACUGCAAUAUUUUUCGUCCAUCUUUUGUGCGGAUUACAUUAAUAAAUUACUCUUCUUGGCUUUUUACUUGCAAAGCUUUUAUUGUACUUAUAGUAACAUAACAAGUGUAGACCAGACCAGAAACUAUUUAUUCAUUGAAUUUACAGAAAAUGUGCUGUAUCGUGAUACGUAUCGUUAUAGGGAUAUAAAAUUACGUACAUCGGGAUAUGAGAUUUUGGUCCUAUCACACAGCCCUAACUGUUAUGAUGUUAUGUAGUGUACUUUUAAGUGUCAUAGCUUAUUAUCACAGGUCAUAUACAAUACUUUGUCCAAUACAUUGUGGCGAAUUACAAAAGAAAUUAAAAAACUCUUGUUACCUUAAACUUUUUAGGACUGGAUUUUGGCUCAUUUAUGUAAAUUUUCCCAGAAAAUAUUUGCACAAGUUUGUGUGAGAGUUACUUUCUUGAUUUCAUGCACUGAUGCAUGAGAAUCCAAAAGCGAUAAACUGUAUCCGUUAGUGUGUUAAUCAAUGGACAACGUUUCAUAUAGAUUACAGUCCUUUAAACUCCUGUAAACGCAGAUUGUAUCAUUGUAAUUUAUAAUCUCAUUUUGAUUAUUAUUUCAUAUUUUAGACAAACUUUUCUUAUCUAUAUUUAGUUUGUGAAUCCGUCAUCUCAUUUUUUAAAUGUUUAUCUUAACUGUGUGUCUGUAAAAAUAUUUGGCUUUAUUUGGUUAGCACUGAUGUUUGUGUUACGAAGACGUUACCCUUCCUCUUGUUGUAAGUGGUUCAGAGCUGUAAAACUGCCAUCCACUGUAGUUAUGUUGCUGUGUUGAGUGUACAGGGGAUUUUUUUUUUUUUUUUUUUUUUUUUUGCAUUUU